UGCACGCGCACACAUUAGCAGCAAGUUCACGGAAACGCACCACCCCAGUCGUGAGUGAUUUCUCCUCCGCGUACACGGCACUGAAGCCCCGGCAGCACCCGCAGCCCCGGCGGCCUGUUCCUCUCACCUGGACGGCGCUGACGAGGCGGGGAGAGGCAGAGUGUGUCGCCGCCGACUGGACUCUCUUUUCUGGACAUUGUCAGUCAUAAUGUCACGUGCGGACGCCUCCUUCUCCUCCUUCUGCUCCUCGCGCUCCUCGCUGUGACGCUGUGUUUUGUUCACACGCUGUGCCCGCGCGCGCUUUGUGUUUGUUAAAAGUGUUAAAAGUCAGUUUAAUUAUUGAAUAUUUCCUGUGGUUUGAGCGGAAGCCGCGUCCUGUAGCAUGGAAACAGCAGCAGCAGCGGCGGCGGCGGCGGGCUCGAGCAGAUAACAGGAAUUCAAAGAAACCUCCUUCACACACACACACACACACCUGGUUCUGCUGUGAAUGUUUGACUCGCGUGCUCGUGGACGGUUCACGCACCUGAGGGACCUGGAGGACGGGGCGACGGUGUGUGUUGUGAUGCUUCUUCUUCUUCCACAUUUCUUACCUGCUCUCAGUUUUGGUUCCUCCAGCAACUCGCGUGCUCUCCCGCCGCAAUGGCUCGCUUCGAAGACGAACUGUCCAGCCGUUAUGGAGGCGGCGGUCCCGCGGGCCCGGCGCGAGGGGCCAGCCGGCAGCCGGGGCCUCCGGGGGGCCAGAGGAUGUACAAGCAGACCAUGGCCCAGAGAGCCCGGACCAUGGCCAUUUACAACCCCAUCCCCGUCAAACAGAACUUCCUCACCGUCAACCGCUCUCUGUUCAUCUUCAGCGAGGACAACGUCAUACGGAAAUAUGCCAAAAAGAUCACCGAAUGGCCUCCAUUUGAGUACAUGAUCCUGGCCACCAUCAUAGCAAACUGCAUUGUGCUGGCUUUGGAGCAACACCUACCGGAGUCUGACAAGACUCCCAUGUCAGAGCGCUUGGACCACACAGAGCCCUACUUUAUUGGAAUAUUUUGUUUUGAGGCUGGUAUCAAGAUCAUCGCCCAGGGCUUUGCCUUUCACAAAGACUCCUACCUACGUAAUGGCUGGAAUGUAAUGGACUUUGUGGUGGUCCUAACAGGGAUGUUGGCCACUGUGGGGACUAACUUUGACCUGAGAACACUGAGGGCAGUGAGGGUCCUGCGGCCGCUCAAACUGGUCUCUGGCAUUCCGAGUCUUCAGGUGGUGUUGAAGUCCAUUAUGAAAGCCAUGGUGCCUCUGCUGCAGAUCGGCCUGCUGCUCUUCUUCGCCAUCCUCAUGUUCGCCAUCAUUGGCCUGGAAUUCUACAUGGGCAAGUUCCACUCCGCCUGCUUCAGGAACGACACAGGCGAGCUGACCUCCAACUCCCCAUGUGGUGAGAAGGCUCCAGCGCGGACCUGUGAAAACGACACCACCUGCAAGUACUGGAUCGGACCCAACUGUGGAAUCACCAACUUUGACAACAUCCUCUUCGCUAUUCUCACGGUUUUCCAGUGCAUCACCAUGGAGGGAUGGGUGAACAUCCUCUACGAUGCCAACGACGCCUUAGGGAACACAUGGAACUGGCUCUACUUCAUCCCGCUCAUCAUCAUCGGGUCCUUCUUCAUGCUCAACCUGGUGCUCGGCGUCCUGUCAGGGGAGUUUGCCAAGGAGAGAGAGAGAGUGGAGAAGAGACAACAAUUCCUGAAACUGCGCAGGCGACAGCAAAUAGAGCGGGAGUUGACGGGAUACCGGGAAUGGAUCUGCAAAGCAGAGGAGGUGAUGUUGGCGGAGGAGGACAAGAACGCCGAGGAGAAAUCUGCAGACGGCGCUUGGUACAAACGAAGACACAGCAACUCAGUGCUGAAAAGGACCAAGAAGAGCAAGAAUGACCUUAUCAACGCAGAGGAGGGCGAGGACCACUUCACUGACAUCUCAUCUGUUGCCCCCCCAGGGUCGCCGUUUGCCCGGGCCAGUGUGAAGAGCAAGAACGAGAGCUCGUCUUACUUCAGGAGGAAAGUGAAGAGGAUUCGCUUCACCAUCCGUCGUCUGGUCAAGUCCCAGAGCUUCUACUGGACUGUGCUGUGUCUGGUUGGCCUCAACACGUUGUGUGUAGCCAUCGUACACUACGGCCAGCCGGACUGGCUCACCUAUGCUCUAUACUUGGCGGAGUUUGUGUUCCUGGGCCUGUUUUUGGUGGAGAUGUCCAUGAAAAUGUACGGGCUUGGACCCCAGAACUACUUCCACUCCUCGUUCAACUGUUUUGACUUUGGGGUGAUCAUUGGCAGUAUUUUUGAGGUGAUCUGGGCUGCCAUCAAACCCGGGGCCUCCUUUGGGAUUAGUGUCCUUCGAGCUCUGAGGCUGCUCAGGAUCUUUAAAGUCACCAAGUACUGGAACUCUUUGAGGAACCUCGUGGUGUCCCUGCUCAACUCCAUGAAGUCCAUCAUCAGCCUGUUGUUCCUCCUGUUCCUCUUCAUUGUGGUCUUCGCUCUGCUGGGCAUGCAGCUGUUUGGAGGAAAGUUUAAUUUUGAAGACAAGACGCCGACAGCUAACUUCGAUACAUUCCCAGCAGCCAUUCUCACCGUCUUCCAGAUUCUCACUGGAGAAGACUGGAACGAGGUCAUGUACCAUGGGAUUGAAUCACAGGGAGGCGUUCAUGAGGGGGGAAUGUACUCCUCUAUUUACUUCAUUAUUCUCACUCUCUUUGGGAACUACACUCUACUCAAUGUCUUCCUGGCUAUUGCUGUUGAUAACCUUGCAAAUGCCCAGGAGCUCACUAAGGAUGCAGAGGAGGAAAUCAAUAAGAAACUCGCCCUUCAGAAGUCCAAGGAGGUAAAGGAGGUCAGCCCCAUGUCGGCCGCUAACAUUUCCAUCACAGCGAGUUAUGUCUGCACCCCUGUCCAUCCCUUCCUGAGUAAAGAGCAGCAGAAAACGGUGAAGCCGAUUUCUGUGUGGGAGCAGCAGGCAAACAAACUGAGGAGACAGAACUGGGCGAGCUGUGAGGCUCUGUACAACGAGCUGCAGCCCGAGGAGCGUCGGCGGAGCUCCUCUGUCAUCCGGCCCGAAAUGAUGACCCACCACGACCGGCCUCUGCUCGUCGAGCCCCACCACCAUGUGCCCUGUGUGCCUGAAGAGGCCGAUACUGCGGCGGACCCUCCUGCGCCUCACCACCGCCGCCACCACCACCGUCACAGGGACCGGACCAGGACCAAGGAGGAGACGAAUGAUAACGGUGAGACUGGUGGGAGGCACCACGUCCAUCACAGCCGCUCCAAGGACCACAACGGCAGCCGCGGCAGAGAGGGGAAGAGCGAGAGGUCCCACAGCCGAGAGGGAGGCAGGAAGCAUCACCAUCAGAGCUCAGUGGAUGAGAGCGGAGGAGGCGGGGUCACGAACGAGAGAGAGCACCAACAUCAUCACUCACAUCGGUCCAGAGGCGGCAACGGGACGGUGAGCAGCGGAGGGAAGGGGGAGAGGAGAUCCCGUCACAAAGGACGGCCCUGUAACAGGGAUGGAGACAGGAGUUCCAGAGGAGAGAGUGGUGCGAAUGGAGAGAAGAGUAGACACCUGACUCAUGGCUCCAGGGGACAGUCCAGAGUGGAGGGGGAGGAGCCUAACGACAGAGAGAAGACCCACAGUCACAGGGACCGGUGUGGUGACUCUGAGGGAGAGUCGCUGGCCAUCUCUCCACCGCAGGGCUCUGCGGGCGGGAACUGGCCUCUCGACCGAGCAGAAGACUCCGACAACCAGCGGAACGUCCGACAAAGCGGCCAGACGUCCAACCAGCUUCCUCCUGUGACCGUGACCGCCCCACCGGGAGAGACCACGCUCAUACAACUGAACAGUAUUGACUGUGAGGCCAUGCCCAUGAAUGAGAAGGCCCUGGAGGAUCUUGGUCAAACUGGACCCAAACCCAUCCUGCCUUACAGUUCCAUGUUCAUUUUUGGACAGACCAAUCCGGUGAGACGCUUGUGUCACUACAUUGUGACUCUGCGUUAUUUUGAGAUGUCCAUCCUCGUGGUCAUCUCCUUGAGCAGCAUCGCUUUGGCAGCAGAGGACCCAGUCUGGACAAAUGCCCCACGCAACAAUGUGCUUAAAUAUCUGGAUUAUGCCUUUACUGGUGUUUUCACAUUUGAAAUGGUGAUCAAGAUGGUGGACCUGGGCCUGCUGCUUCACCCUGGAUCCUACUUCAGAGACCUGUGGAACAUUCUGGACUUCAUAGUGGUCAGUGGGGCGCUGGUGGCUUUUGCAGUUUCGGGGACCAAAGGCAAAGCCAAAGACAUCAGCACCAUCAAGUCACUGAGGGUUCUCCGCGUUCUCAGGCCUCUCAAGACCAUCAAACGGCUGCCAAAAUUAAAGGCAGUGUUCGACUGUGUGGUCAACUCUCUGAAGAACGUGCUGAACAUCCUCAUCGUUUACAUCCUCUUCAUGUUCAUCUUCGCCGUCAUUGCCGUCCAGCUCUUCAAAGGAAAGUUCUUCCACUGCACCGACGAGUCCAAGGGUCUGAAGAAGGACUGCGAAGGGCAGUUCCUGCACUACGAGAAAGACGGGUUCACUGUCGAGCAGAGAAAGUGGGAGAAAUACAAGUUCCAUUAUGACAACGUGCUGUGGGCCUUCCUCACACUCUUCACCGUCUCCACCGGAGAAGGCUGGCCGACUGUACUGAAGCAUUCUGUCGAUGCCACCUUUGAAGACCAGGGUCCCAGUCCAGGCUACCGGAUAGAAAUGUCCAUCUUCUAUGUGGUCUACUUUGUGGUCUUUCCUUUCUUCUUUGUCAACAUCUUUGUGGCUCUGAUCAUCAUCACGUUUCAGGAGCAGGGGGACAAGGCUCUGUCUGGGUGCAGCCUGGAGAAGAAUAAGAGAGCUUGUAUUGACUUUGCCAUAAACGCCAAACCUCUGACGCGCUACAUGCCCAAGAACAAGCAGUCCUUCCAGUACAGGAUGUGGAAGUUUGUGGUGUCGCCUCCGUUUGAGUACUCCAUCAUGAUCAUGAUCGCUCUCAACACGGUGGUCCUCAUGAUGAAGUUCCACGAAGCUCCAGACUUCUAUAAAGCAAUGCUGAAGUACCUCAACUUUGUCUUCACCACUAUCUUCUCUCUGGAGUGUAUCCUCAAGAUCAUUGCUUUUGGUCCGCUGAACUACCUAAAGGACGCCUGGAACGUGUUUGACUUUGUGACAGUGUUGGGAAGCAUCACUGACAUCGUGGUGACUGAGAUCAAUGUAAGUGACAGGCUGUUGAACCCGAGCUUCCUGAGGCUGUUCAGAGCCGCUCGGCUCAUCAAGCUGCUGAGGCAGGGCAACACCAUCCGCAUCCUGCUGUGGACCUUCGUCCAGUCCUUCAAGGCGCUGCCUUAUGUUUGCCUGCUGAUUGCGAUGCUGUUCUUCAUUUAUGCCAUCAUCGGGAUGCAGGUGUUUGGCAACAUUAAGCUGAAUACUCAAGACACUGAAGACCCAGCGAUCGAUGAACAUAACAACUUCCGCACGUUCCUCCAGGCUCUCAUGCUGCUCUUCAGGAGUGCGACUGGCGAGUCCUGGCACGAGAUCAUGUUGUCUUGUCUGAGCGGCCGAGAAUGCGACGAGCGAUCGGGGUCCAGCGAGAGAGACUGUGGCAGUGAUUUUGCCUACUUCUACUUUGUCUCCUUUAUCUUCCUCUGCUCCUUCCUGAUGCUGAAUCUGUUCGUGGCUGUCAUCAUGGAUAACUUUGAGUACCUAACCAGAGACUCCUCCAUUCUGGGACCUCAUCACCUGGAUGAGUUCAUCCGGGUUUGGGCCGAGUAUGACCCAGCUGCGUGUGGCCGUAUCAAGUACUCCGAUAUGUAUCAGAUGCUGCUCCACAUGUCCCCACCCUUAGGUUUGGGAAAGAAAUGUCCGCCAAGAGUCGCCUACAAGCGUCUCGUCAAAAUGAACAUGCCCAUCGCCGACAACAACAGCGUGCACUUCACCUCCACGCUGAUGGCGCUGAUUCGCACCGCUCUGGACAUCAAACUGGCUUCAGGUAUGUUAGCCCAGCGACUGUCUGACGCCGAGUUAAAGAAGGAGUUGUCCACAGUGUGGCCCAACCUCUCACAGAAGACCAUGGACCUGCUGGUGACGCCACAUAAACCCAAUGAGCUGACAGUAGGGAAGGUGUAUGCGGCCCUGAUGAUCUUUGAAUGUUACAAGCAGUAUCGAGCGAGGAAGCCGCCGCCGCAGCUGCAACAGAACCCGUCAGACUCCCAGUGCGAGUUCGGGGCUUUGUUUAAGCCAUUGCUGCCUCUGCCUCACAUGCAGGAGAAAGACCCGCCUGUGAUGAAAAACAGCGAGGAGCCUCCCAGCAUUCUUCAGCCCCAGCCCACAUCCCACGCCAAGUCCCAGCCACAGACCAGACCCAGCUCCAGCUCUCUCAACAACGGAGGCACACUGCCAGGUCACGAUCACAACAUCAAGGGUUCUUUGUCCUGGGUGAUGGAGAAACCUAAGGACGUUCCCCGAGCCAAUGCGAAAAGAAGCGUGUCCAGAGGUCCAUCAGACGACACGCCCGACACUGCGGUCGUUCAGGAGUCUGUGGAGAUGAGAAAGAUGGAGACCAGUAUCAGCAGCACAAUCCCAGUCCCUGGUGCAGGUUUGGAGAACCAGGGCAGAGCCGCCUCUAUGCCUCGACUCAGUGCUGAGCAGCAGUGGGGACAACCACGACCCUCUCCAGGGAUCCACUUGGCCACCGUCCCCGACGCCAGCCCGAUGAAGCGCUCAGCCUCCACUGUGGCCCCACAGCGACCCCAGGAGGUCAACCUGAGGGACUACACCCUGGAGAAACCCAGCCAGGAGCGACCGCACCACCAUCACCACCACCACCGCUGCCACCACCGCAGAGACCGAGACCGAGACAGAGAGAAGAGACAGAGGUCUUUGGAUACGUCUCUGGGUGGACAAGCUGCAGGCUCUGUUGGUGCACCAGGAGAGCCAGCAUCAGACCCGGGUGCCCACAGAGAGCGAGCCCACGACCGCGGACGCUCCCACGAGAGGAAGCACCACCACCCGUCGGCCGACAAGCAGCGCUACUACUCCUGCGACCGCUUCUGCAGCCAGGAGCACUGCCACAGCAAAUCUGCCACUGCCAGCUGUGCCACCUCCCCCAGUGAGGGGCAGGAACCCGGCAACAAGCAGGGCAGUGGUUGGGUUAAAGGCAGCCCCGUGGCACUGAGUUCCAGCUCGAGCACGCCGAGCCGCGGACGUCGGCAGCUCCCCCAGACCCCCCUCACCCCUCGGCCAGGGGUGGCCUACAAGACUGCCAAUUCUUCCCCCGUGCACUUUGUGUCCAGCAGGGCCUCUCUGAGUCCUGGCCGGCUGAGCCGCGGCCUGUCGGAGCACAACGCCCUCCGACACAGCGGCUCCCAUCACAUCCCCUGCCCCGUCGCCCGCAUCAACUCUGAGCCCUUCCUGGGCCGGGGCCCCGGCGAGGCCCUGGGCGGCCCCUACGGCAGCCUCCGGGACCAGCUGGACGUCUUCCAGGACGUGGCGUCGCUGUCGCCCAGCCCCUGUGCCGGACGCUCAUCUCGGACCGCACUGCCUCGCGUGAUGGGAGCCCUGCCUCCGGCUCCGCAGCAGAACCUUGGGGUGCCCAAUGGGUACCACUUCAGCUUCGGGGGCAACACCAGCCCAGGCUCUGGCGUCAGGGCAUCCAGGUAUUACCAGGAGUCAGAGGAGGACGAUUGGCUUUAAACCAACCUUUUUGAUGCAUUUUUGAAGAACUGUGAUGAGUUUUAUCAUCUUCUUUGAAGGCUUUAGUUUACAUUGUCACUGUGUGUGUGUGUGUGUGUGUGUGUGUUUGAAACAUGGAGAGCUAAGGUUAGGGAGAAAACUUGAAUGUGAACGGGAUCAUGAAGCAGAGCAGGACAUCAGACUCUGGCGUGAUCCUUUAUCUGCUCUGACGUGAGUGUUUUGUUGACGCCUCCAUGUAGACCCUCAAACAGGCUGACGGUGAGUCCCAAGUGGGUUGGCCCCACCUGUGUUUGCCCACUUAGUACCCUUUCCAGGCGUCCUUGGUACUAAGUGUGGUAUUUGUGUCCGGUCCUCAUGAUUUAUUCACCUUUUCUUCUCACAUUAUUCACAGUUUUGUGCUGCGUUUAUGUGCAAAAACCGUUGGAAUGAACCAGAACAGUGAAGCAGCAGUAAAGGUACAUGAAUGAACAUUACUUAAUGCUGUUGUAAGCAUUCACUCACAGUUCAUUAAUGUUUGAACUAACCAUUUAUUAAUGUUAUCCAGGUGAAUGACGUUAUUAGUGCAUGUUUUCUGCAAGGUUCUGUAAAAGGUCUUUAGUUUUUCUUUCCCUUAUGUGACACUUCUCUUAUCAAUCCAGAUUAAAUCCAUAUUUCAUCUCCUCGAGCUUUAGAUGAGACACGACAACCCCGAGCCACUGAGUAGCAUUUACUGAUGUUAAUGAAUGUACUAACAGGAGACUUUGUUCAUGCACCCGUCUGCAUGUGUUGGUGACGAACCUUUGCACACACUCACCUGCUAACAUGAGAGCAUGAGCUGUAAUCUGAAGUAACCUGGGAUUACAAACCGACACAUUCACCCUUUGCAUCACAUAAUAAAAGAGGGAAAUAUAUGCAAAAAAAAGAAAAAGAUGUCAUUUUACAUUUGCUUCCCUCUCUUUGUCACUUCACUCACUUUUUUUUCUACCAUUACAUUCAACAGUGAGUGUGUUUGAGUCGCUAUGGCGACGUCAACAGAAACCCAUGACUCAGCAGGUCAAGGAAACGGGUCAGAGGUCAGAGAGCCGUUCAGUGGAGA